ACAAAAAUUCGAGAGUCGACUUCUAAAAGCCGGAGUCGCUAUCUCAUCUCAUCUCCACUCCAAUCCAAACACACGGUUCUUCAACAUAAAUCCCUACAAUAUUCUAAAAUAUUUCUUACUAGCUUCUUUAAACUGCAACUAUUAACUCCAAACAGGGAAUGGUUGUGAAAAUGGCUCGCGGCAGAGGCCGUGGUGGCCCAAUUAGUGGAAGGGGAGGGGGGCCUCCUCCCCCUGGAGUAAUCCUCAGCCGGCUUCAAAACAAAUCGAAGUCGCCCUAUGUUCCGCACCAUCCGUUCGACUUUAUCCUAUGCGAGCCGGCCUUUCAACGAGUGAAACCAGCGCCCAACGAAGAUACCUUUACACAGGCGCUGAUGAAGAGAAACAGCGAUCUGUCGCCAACUGAACAGGAGCAGGCCUCUGUUCUGAAUCUGGUCACCAAAAUACAAAAUGCCUUUGACCAUUUGAUUGUUGCUCCUGGAAACUUCGACUCUUGUCAAGUGGACGAAUCGCGACAAGUGGGCUCAUUCAAGAAAGGCACAAUGAUCAGGGGUCACAACGUGGCCGACAUAGUGGUGGUGCUGAAAACGCUGCCGACCAAGGAGUGCGUCGGCGCACUGGGCACCCGCAUCGUGGAGCAGCUGAAGGGAGCGGGCGGCGGAGGGGGGGCACUGAAGAUGACCACCAACGAGCGCGGCUUCGAAGUGAGCAACCAGGAGGCCACUGUCAAGGUGCUGGUGGCCACCGUACACCACAAUCUGCGCAAGUUGGACCCCGAGAUACACCUCGACUACAAGAUUGUGCAGAGUCAUUUGGCCGCGCUCAGGCAUUGUCGCUGGUUUGAAGAAAGUGCCCAUCAUUCCUCAGUCAAGGUACUGAUUCGCUUGCUCAGAGAUUUGAAGAAUCGAUUUGACGGCUUCGAACCUCUCACUCCUUGGAUGCUGGAUCUUUUGGCGCACACCUCAAUAAUGAACAAUCCGAGCCGACAAGCGUUGCCGAUUAACGUGGCAUUUCGCAGAGUGUUGCAGCUGCUUGCAUCUGGUCUUUUCUUGCCUGGAUCAUCGGGCAUCAGUGACCCGUGUGACGGCAACCAGAUGCGAGUGCACACGUCGAUUACACUCGAGCAGCAGGACCAGGUGUGUCUCACCGCCCAGCUGCUGGUUAGGGUGCUGGCUCAUGGAGGCUACAAGCAAGUGCUCCAAGGAGAUUCCAAAACAAUAUCUGGUUCUCUGAUGCUUAACGGUGUUGUGGUGACGCCGCUGGAUAAAGCCUACGAGAAGCCACCAGCCGACGCCGCGGCCAAGGAGAGCGACGCCGAAGACAAUAUGGACGCCGGGGUAGCGGCCACUGAUGAGGCCAUGGAGACCAACGACGCUUGAUAUUAACUUCAAAUGAGUUUUUAUACAGUUUUACACUAUUUACUACACCCGUUCUGCGGUGUUUUUUUUGUUUUAUCUAAUUGUAGUAAUUGUUCGUCCAAUUUAAUGUAUAGAUGGUUCAGACACGGGAAUAGGGAUGAAAUUGCAGCAAUGUGAGGUGGGAACAGAGUACUGCGCAUGCGCUCUGCUUCUCUCACAUUAUUUUUAUCCUGUUGAAUGUGUAGAUUGUUCAAAGACGGGAAUAGGGUUGAAAUUGCAGCGAUGUGAGGUGGGAAUAGAUACUCCGCAUGCGCUCUGUUUUCCUCUCAAUAUUUUUUGCAAUGUAGUAUCCAACACUAUUUCGUUAAUGAAGCAUCUCAAAUUGAUCAGGAAAGCGGUGGGCUCUGUAACGCACUUUCGUUCUGCCAAUGUGUGAACUCUCCCAUAAGAAAUCAAUAGUAUUAUUUUUCUGCAUAGAAAUUUAUUGGAAAGCAGGGCUUUUCCAGUUUAGAGAUAGCUUCUUGAUAAUUCGGAACCUACCUGAAGCUUUUGGUUCACUCAUAAUCGUCUUUUGUAUUCCCCACGCAUGCGCCCAGAGCUUAUGUGGGUUCAACUUCAUAAAACAUUGUAUUGUAAGUUUGUCUUUGUUGAUUGUAAUUUUUACUACUACUCGUAUUUUAGAUACUUCAAUUGACGAUAUUAUAUCAUGGACACUUUUCAAAUAAAGCAGCUGAAAUAACUCAAUUGGCAUUCCCUAGAAAUGGUUCAAUAUUUUAGAUGUUUGAUUGUAAUGGUUUGAAUGCACUGUGUUUUACAGACAGGAUUCCUUGUAGAAAUCAUCAAUGCUGACAGUUUGAAGUGAACCUCUCUCUAACAUUGCAGUAGAGUGGUCACCAUCUUGAAACAUUGCAGUAGAGUGACACUUUGUGUUUUUCGAAUUCAAUAUUAGAUGAAUGUAUUGAAGGUGACAAAGUUGAUUGUACUGCAUACUUUUUAAACUAAUAUUUGUAUUCAACAAUCAGUUCAAUUAAAUUAUUUCAAUGUUUAUCUAAUUAUUCAAUUGUAUUCAAUAUUCUGUUCUACUGUUUAUCUUUUAAAUUAAUAAUUGUAAUCAAGUUCUGGUUCACUAUUUAUAUCAAUUUAAUGAAUAAAGGUAAGUCUUGUCAA